AUUACCGAGCCGUAAAGUUUCAGAAAAAGACAAAUCAAUCAUUUUUUUUUUCCUUUUGUCGUAAAACACAUAAAUAAUAAGCUUUUGCAUUAGCAAGCUUCGUUGUAACAGCGACCAUUACCAACGCACCAAUCUUAAUCCUUGUUUUUCUCAUUUGUCCCAAACAAAAUUAAUUUUUGUGGAACACUUUUUCGACACCCCCGAAUUCCCACCUGCAGAUUCUCCCCAUCAAUUUUCAGCAUAGUGAUUGUGGAAGCUCAACAGAGGGAUUGGUACUGUAGAUAGGGCUAGGAGUCCCUGAAAUGUAUAUGCCUGUGGCUACCUCUGCCACGCUGCGCGGCGGAUUGCCUACUGACAGUGGGGACUCUGUUGUGGCAUUAGACCAAGUUCCUCGAUGGAAUGAUGCUGAUCAGGCCUUGGGGUUUGAAACUUCGUUUUCGAGUUCACACUUCCCCGAUCCUUUAGCAUCGCCCUCAAGGGUAGACAGUGGCGAUGGCAGUGAGUCGGUGUCAAAGUUUCCUGUUGACGAUGAAGUCAAUUCGAAGAUAUAUUUGUGGCGGGGGAAUCCCUGGAAUCUUGAGGUGGAUGCGGUCGUAAAUUCAACAAAUGAGAAUAUGGAUGAAGCACACAGCAGCCCAGGGUUGCAUGAUGCAGCUGGACCUGGUCUUGCAGAAGAAUGUGCGACACUGGGUGGAUGUCGAACAGGGAUGGCUAAAGUUACCAAGCCAUAUGACCUUCCUGCCAGGAAAAUUAUCCACACUGUUGGCCCAAAGUAUGCUAUAAAGUACCAUAAUGCUGCAGAGAAUGCUUUAAGUCAUUGCUAUCGUUCUUGCUUGGAGCUUCUGAUUGAAAAUGGGCUUCAAAGCAUUGCUAUGGGCUGUAUUUAUACGGAGGCAAAGAACUAUCCCCGAGAACCAGCUGCACAUGUAGCUAUAAGAACAGUGCGGCGAUUUCUUGAGAAGCAGAAAAACAACAUAAUAGCUGUUGUCUUUUGCACUGUGAGCACAACUGAUACUGAGAUAUAUAAAAGGUUGCUUCCACUGUACUUUCCUCGGGAUAAACAUGAGGAGCAGGUUGCUUUGUCUAAACUUCCUGCAGAUGUUGGGGAUGAAAAUGGUGAGACAAUCUCAGAUGAGCGUAAAAUCAGAAUAAAGCCUUUGCCCAAAAGGAGAGUUUCGACACCACCUGAAUUUCCAGUUGAUCUUCCUGUUAGUGAUGUUGGCUUGGUUAGCAGGUCAGUAGUUGAUGCAAACCAAAUUCACAGAAUAACAAAUAACAGGAAUUCAUCACAUUUAGAUUCAUUUCUGGAUCCUGCCUUCAUGUCCAUGAUCAAAGACCCUGAUCAAAGGCGGAUGGAGCAGUGGGAGAAAACUGCCGAAGCACAAAGAGGCUGGAAUUGUGCUAAAUUGAUUGGAUAUGGCGACCUUGGUCGACCCACAUUGUCUGCUGCCGAAGAAUAUUCUCUACACUCUAGAUACCUGUCUAAAGCAAAUUCCUUGAAUCUUUCUGAAAUUGCAGAAAUGAAAAUUGUCUAUCGUGGUGGGGUAGACAGUGAGGGUCAUCCUGUCAUGGUUGUUGUGGGGGCCCACUUUUUACUUAGGUGCCUUGAUCUGGAGCGAUUUGUGCUCUAUGUGGUGAAGGAGUUUGAGCCGUUAAUACAGAAGCCUUUUUCUAUUGUCUACUUCCACUCUGCUGCAUCUUUGCAGGUGCAGCCAGACCUGGGUUGGAUGAGAAGAUUGCAACAAAUACUUGGUCGGAAGCACCAGCGCAACCUGCAUGCAAUAUAUGUCCUUCACCCAACUUUCGGACUAAAAGCGGCAGUAUUUGGACUUCAGAUGUUUGUGGACAAUGUGGUUUGGAAGAAAGUGGUAUAUGUUGAUCGCCUUCUGCAGCUCUUCAGAUACGUACCUCGUGAACAGUUGACCAUCCCAGAUUUUGUGUUUCAGCAUGACUUGGAAGUGAAUGGAGGGACGGGUCUCAUUGUGGAUCCAAGAACAAAAUAUGUGUACAACAGACCAUGACACCCUGCAGUUUCUAAAUUGUUUGCCUUGCCCUUGUUGUCGCUGUUAACAGGAAGAGUGGCUUGUAUUAGUUUGAAAUGUGUAUGGAACCAUUUUUUUUUUCUUUGGGACGUUUGGAAGGAGUGAUAAGUUCCCCUGUAUGUAUAUGUAAUUAAUUGCGGAAGCUAAUUUGUUGGAUUUCUUUAAUUGUUUGUAUAUUCAAGGGAAAUAUAUUAAAUAAAAUUAGUCUUUGAUCAUUUCCA